AUGAGAUUCUUACUCAGAGAUUGGCAUUGCUAUAUGUUCAAAGUGAGGCGAUAUCGAAAGAAUAAGGUUGAUAGGUUUAAGAUGAGAAACUACUUUUGGAGAGAGUAUUUGGGGUAUAGAGAAGAUGACAAACCAAGUGAAGCGGAGGAGGUGGAAAGGGAGAUUGUGAUAAGGGAGUGGUUGCACAAAAUACUUUGGACACAUGGAAAAGCCUUGCGAGAUUUUGGGGAGAUGAUUUUCGAGGGAACAGGAGAUCAGGGAAAGAUCCUGAAUCAGAGGAUGAAUGAGCUGCUUCAGGAUAUAAAUGACGUGAUGAAAGAUCUGAGGGAGAGUUCCUUCAAAGAAAAGGCAAGGAUGAAAUUGCAGGACGCAAAGAUCAUGGGCUUACUCAAGAGACACUAUGUCCUAUACUCACAAAUUAUUAAUCCGAGUUUUGACUUCCAAGAAGAAGACGAUAUGGAGAAAUAUUAA